CGCAGGUAAACAGGCCGGGCUACAGGGGGUAAGGAAAGAGGAAUCGGAAGCAGCUGUCAGGCAGUAGCAGCGAAAGCCGCUGUGCUUUGACUGUUGGAGACGGAGAUCUGUAUGGUGCGAGGGUUUGGGGGGAUUCAGUUGCAAGUGUAUGGUAGGACGGCGAGCAGCAGGGAAUAAGAGGCUGAAAGAAAAUAGCGGCAGUGCGCGGAGGAGUCUGCCAGUCCGCGCCGCCGCCAUGGAGCUAGAAAAUAUUGUGGCCAAUACGGUACUUCUGAAGGCCCGGGAAGGUGGUGGAGGGAACAGAAAAGGGAAAAGCAAAAAAUGGCGUCAAAUGUUGCAGUUCCCACAUAUUAGUGCCUGUGAAGAUCUUCGGCAGACAAUCGAGAGGGAUUACCACAGUAUAUGUGAGAAGCAGCCCAUAGGACGAUUACUCUUUCGGCAGUUCUGUGAAACAAGGCCUGAAUUAAACCGCUGUGUGAAGUUCCUGGAUGGAUUGGCAGAGUAUGAAGUAACACCAGAUGAGAAGAGGAAAGAAUGUGGUCUUCGAGUAAUAGAGAAAUAUUUAAACCAGACGUCAGAAGAUUACAUUUCAGAAAUCCCUUCCGAGUUGGUAAAAAAGUGCUCAGAGAGGCUGGAACAGGAACCAUGCAAAGAGCUCUUCAAAGAAUGUAUAAAAUUAAUCCAUGACUACUUAAGUGUGGCUCCUUUUGCAGACUUCAUUGAUAGCAUCUAUUUUAGUCGUUUUUUACAAUGGAAGCGGUUAGAGCGGCAAUCUGUAACAAAAAACACAUUUCGGCAAUAUCGAGUUUUGGGAAAAGGUGGCUUUGGGGAGGUCUGUGCCUGCCAGGUUCGAGCCACCGGGAAGAUGUAUGCUUGCAAAAAGUUGGAGAAGAAAAGAAUAAAGAAGCGAAAAGGAGAAGGCAUGGCCCUAAAUGAGAAAGAGAUUCUAGAAAAAGUGAACAGUAGGUUUGUAGUUAGUUUAGCAUAUGCUUAUGAGACGAAGGAUGCGCUUUGCCUUGUCCUGACGUUGAUGAAUGGCGGAGACCUCAAGUUCCAUAUUUAUCACAUGGGAGAUGCAGGGUUUGAUGAAAAGCGAGCUGUGUUCUAUGCAGCUGAGAUAUGCUGUGGCCUGGAAGACUUACAUAAAGAAAAUAUAGUGUACAGAGAUCUUAAACCUGAAAAUAUUCUGUUGGAUGACCAUGGUCACAUACGUAUCUCUGACCUGGGUUUGGCAGUGUAUGUCCAUGAGGGGGAAACUAUAAAAGGCAGGGUUGGCACUGUUGGGUACAUGGCUCCUGAAGUUGUUAAAAAUGAGCGUUACACAUUCAGUCCUGACUGGUGGGCUCUUGGUUGCCUUGUGUAUGAGAUGAUUGAGGGUCAGUCUCCAUUUCAACAGAGGAAGAAGAAGAUUAAACGAGAGGAGGUUGAAAGGCUAGUUAAGGAGGUACAAGAAGAGUACUCCAGCAAAUUCUCGGAAGAGGCCCGUUCUCUAUGUAUGGCUCUUCUGAAGAAAGACCCAAAUGAGCGUUUGGGAUGCCGAGGAAGGAGUGCUUCUGAGGUCAAAGAGCAUCCACUGUUUCGAUCCAUAAACUUCAAACGCUUGGAAGCAGGCAUGUUGGAGCCACCCUUUAUACCUGAUCCUCAAGCUAUCUACUGUAAAGAUGUUCUGGAUAUUGAACAGUUCUCCACAGUUAAAGGAGUUGAACUGGAGCAGACCGAUAAUGACUUCUACCAGAGGUUUGCUACGGGUAGUGUGUCAAUUCCAUGGCAGCAAGAGAUGAUAGAGACAGAGUGCUUCAAAGAAUUGAAUGUAUUUAAUACAGAUGGAACAUUGCCACCAGACUUGGACUGGAGGGGUCAGCCUUCACCACAGCCUAAAAAGGGACUACUUCAACGUCUUUUCAGCAGACAGGACUGUUGUGGAAAUUGUAGUGACAGUGAUGAAGAACCUACAAGACUCUGAACCUCACUUUAAUACAGUAAACAUAACGACAACAACAAAAAAGGAGAAAGAGACGCACAAAACCUGCGACAGUCCCGUCCUGCUGAGAAUUUAAGAUUUGGAGCACUUCCUUCUGGCAGAGAGGUGGCAGCACCAUUAUGGGGUCCAGUUUGUUUACAGUUUUGCACAUUUGUAUUUUAACAAAAAAAUGUUAUUAUAUAUAAAUAAGGGAAUGUAAGUAUAUUUUUAAGUACACAGCCAUACAGCAAAUGUUGAAAAAAAAUGUUUUGUCAUCUUUGUUGCAGUAUGGCUUUUUUGUUUUAUGUUUUUUUAAUAAAAAAAUUAUUUUACUGUUGUAAAGAAAAAAAAAGCAAAGACACAUCUUUCGAACGACAACACUGAGCUGAACCUACUGCUUCCAAAAAUAUAUAUUUUUUCUUUGCUAUAGCUCUGUCAUCCGAGAAUGAGCUGCACAUUCAUUACUUAGGGCUGAAGGCCCGGCUGCAGAAGGUACCUCAUUUUACCAACCAGCAAGUUAGUGUUUGCCUCUAUGGUAGUACCAUUUAUGUAGGUAGACCAUUGGUGGCAGUUUUAAAACCUGAGCCCAUUUCAGUGCUGUCUCUGUUCCCGAAUUCACUGUGAAAAUCAAUAUGCCUGGGUUUAUUCACUUGUUUGUGUUUGCCUGGCAAGAAGAAAAAUGAAAUAUGCUGCUUAAGAUCUUAAACAGAGCAAUGACUGACUUGCCUUUUUCUUGCUAAGGUGCCUUGUGUUAGCACAAGCUUACUACAGGGAUUUUUUUUGUUUAAUUUGUACAAUUUUCUUUGGGAUGGGGGUAGAAUAUGCUUAUCGAACCCAUGUUGUGUGUAGUGUCCUUCUGUCUAGUCUGGGCCCUUAGAUUUCAAGAUCAUGCACAUUUUCAAGAAGUUUGGUUAGCAAAGCACAGACUGAAGCACCCUUGCUGCUUUCAGUAGUAUAAUUUAGACAGCAUGUGACUCUCAUCAGGUUACUUAAUCUUCCAUUGCCUUAGCUUUCUUUAGUAAACACUGAGUGGGCCCUUCCAAAAAUAAUAUACUUCAACCAGUAUAGAUUGCCCUGAGAAAUACUAUUGCUUGCAGGCCUAAGAAAGUGCAUUAAUAUCUUUGAGUGCGCACCCUGAACCAAUUUGUUUUACACUUGUAAGGUAGUUCUAAUUAGAUUUUUACUGGAGCUAAAUGAGAGUGUAAAUCUUUUUGUUCCUAUUUACAGUUAUAAACAGCUAAACUGUUUCAUCCAGUCACCCUAAGGUAUUAUUUUCUGUCAUUGGAUAAAUACUGUGCAGAGGUAGCUGUUCUCCAUAAGGAAGUAAACUUGUUCAGUAGGCUAAUUAGAUCAUUAAGUACACAAGUCAAAAGGGCAUUUUAUUUUUCUAUUUGGAAUUGUUCCACUGCUGGGGUCAUAGUAAGUGUCACAGAAUUAAUUAUGAUUUUUUCACAGCUCACCAUGUGAGAAAAGUCAGAAAUAACUACUCAACACUGGUGUGAAUAGAAAGCCUAGCCUACAUGCAUGGAGGAUAUAUACGUACAGUGAAGUCAUGUAGUUUUCUGUACUGCAUAUCUUGAGACACAGUGCAUGUUAAGAUUUGUAUAUUAAACAACCCUUAAUUCAAAAUCCUGCACUGUAAACAUAAUGUUGCAGUGCCUUCAUUUCUGAAUAUUGUAGUAUGCUAUUGUUACUGCCAACUUGUGCUUCCCUUAGUUGCUUAUUUUUUUUUUUUCAUUUUAAACAUUACACUUUCAGUAUGCUUUCACAGUGCAUUUUAUAGAGUACAUAGCCAUCAUGAUUCAUUGGAAAUGGAAAUGUGCCAGUCUGUGGUGGAAUGGCCAGCUGUUCUGUCUGGUGUAGUAUAUAACACAGUUUGAGGACAGAAAUCCACUUCCAAAACUUGCAUUCCUGAAUACCACGAUGGUUAUAACGUGUUUUGACCUGCAUGGCAUACAAUGGCACCUCUUCCUGCACAUUUACCUUUUGCUACCUCAUGCUGAUAAUUUUCAACAGUUUCAGUUUCCCUUUGAGAUCCUUCUAUGGCAGUUAUCUCUGGCAUGGGUAGCAAGUUGCAACAGAGUGUGUAGCUGCAGGAAUGGGAGAGUAGUAAUUAAAAAUUAAAUGUAAUCUAUAUGACAGAACAGUAGAGAACUGUCGACGCAAGUGUUUUUCAUUUUCAGUCUAGUGAGAGUGGUGAUAUUUUUGUCCAGUUGUUUCAGAGAUUGCCAGUUAACUAUGUACAGCUGCUAUUAACAAAGCUAGUAUGGGGAGCGCUGCUAUGUACUAUAGUAAAAAUAGUGAAAUAUUUCAAUAAAAUUUACUAUAGUGUUUAAUUACCUGAGCACUUUUCAGUAAAUUACAAAAAUGAAUAUUGUAGCUAAAUUAGUAUGACCAAAAUAGCCAAAAGAAUUACAUUUGCAAUGGAUAUAUGCUUGGUUGAAUGACAUGAAAACUAAAACAAGUACAAAGCAUAAAUAUCAGUAUCACAAAUUCAUAAUAAAAUUCAGGAAACUGUAAAAAAGCAAAAUGAUAUUGUAGCAAUCAGUUUGCUACAGAAUACUAAGGGAAACAGGAGUGAUAUAGCAAAAAUUAUCCAAAUUCCUUAACACAAUUAUAGAUUAAACAGUAACAAGCCGAAGGAUGUUUAUAUUAAAAUACUUGUACUAUGUAAAAUAAAAUCAAUACCCAGCCACAGUCUUAUGUGCAACAUUAUGAUAAUACAGUGCAGUAGUGAUGUUUCGUCUGUAGGCCACAUGAUAUGCGCCAUAUCUAAGUCCAACAAGGAACAAAAACUGGAAUUAUUAAAGAAACCAUCCAAAACUAAAUCUGGUGACCAUGGUUAAAAAGUCCCAGUAUUCUCCACAGAUCAUCACACAGUGGAGGCAGCUGAGGAGCAAAGCCAAAUUUCAUUGAUAAACUAUCCCUGUGACAGGCCUGCAGUGCACACUAUUCUUUGCAGCAUUAUGGACAGCAGGCAGCAUAAAUUUGGGGAAAAAUGUCAGCAACAAUGCCGGAUCUUUCAUUGAGAAUAUGCUCAGUUCAGACCCAAAGCACACAAUGUUCUUCACAGCAAGCAGGACAUACUGGUGGAAAAAGUCUUAACAGCAAUGCAGGAAAUCCUUGCUUGCAUCAGCACAGUUCACUAAGAAAGUACACAGUUCAGAUACUAGUCACCAGUUCAGGAACAGAUCGAGGAAAAAUUCCCAUUUCAGUAGAAACACAAAUCUGAGGGAGUUAUCAAGAAAUAACAAGCGUAGCAAACCUCCAUGAUUGGCAACUAAUCAUUGGGAUAAUAUUGAGACAUCCUGUGUUCCAUUCAGCAAGAGCAGAGAGGUGUACCAGUGGCUGUAGUGAUUGUUCUUUAGAAAACAGUGGGUGCGUACCACUGACUUGUCACUGUGUAGUGUGGCUCUAUGGUGCAGUGGUUAAUGUUGUUGUCUCACAGCAAGAGGUUCUCUGGUUCAAUUCUCAGCUGGGGUGCCUUCUGGGUGGAGUCUGCAUGUCCUCCCUUCAUUCCCGUGGAUUUCCUCUGUGUGCUGCGGUUUCCUCCCACAUUCCAAAGACAUACAUCUGGAGUGUUUCUCCCUAGGCCUCUGCUGAAAAUGGGUCUUAGUCAGACUUUCCUAGUCAACAUAUGUUAAAUAAAAUAAAAAUAUAUAGACCAAAGCAUUAAUUGGUAAGCAUUGACCUCCGUGAGGUCAUUUGUAAACAGAGGCCCACAAAAGUGCCACCCCACCAUACCUCUCAACCUCCUAGUGCAAUAAAUCUGGGCAAAGCCUAAAAUAAUGAGGAGAC